AUGGCGGGUAGUUUUGUGGAAAUCCAAAUCCCGCAGCAAAAGCUCUACAGCGGAAUUCAAUUCCCGGUAGUCAUAACUCCGAGCCCCGCAGCUUCCUUCACUCUCUCUGCUCUCACCAAAACCAUCGAAGCCCAGAAACCCUAUCUGGAGGCCCAGCUCCGAAAAUCCGGGGCCGUGCUCUUCAGGGGCUUUCCCGUCAAUUCAGCCUCGGACUUCAACGACGUCGUCGAGGCUUCCGGCUUCGAGGAGUUUCCUUACGUCGGCGGAGCCGCUCCCCGGACCAACGUCGUGGGUCGGGUUUUUACCGCCAACGAGUCCCCCCCAGACCAGAAGAUUCCAUUUCACCACGAAAUGGCUCAGGUGCCUGAGUACCCAGCGAAGUUGUUCUUCUUCUGUGAAGUGGAGCCUGGAAGUGGGGGAGAAACUCCCAUUGUUCUGAGCCACAUUGUGUACGAGAGGAUGAAAGAGAGGUACCCAGAAUUUGUUGACAAAUUGGAGGAGCAUGGUUUGAUAUAUAACCGGGUUUUAGGCGAAGAAGACGAUCCUUCUUCUCCAAUUGGCCGUGGCUGGAAGUCCACCUUCUUGACCAAAGACAAGAGCAUAGCUGAGGAAAGGGCUGCUAAGCUGGGCAUGAAGUUGGAAUGGUUGGAGGAUGGAGUGAAAUCUAUCAUGGGGCCAAUCCCAGCCAUCAAAUAUGACAGCACAAGGCAGCGGAAGAUUUGGUUCAAUAGCAUGGUAGCCGCAUAUACAGGGUGGGAAGAUGCAAGAAACGACCCUGUGAAGGCUGUCACCUUUGGAGAUGGCAGCCCAUUGCCCGCAGUAACCAUCCACGACUGCCUGAAAGUUCUUGAAGAAGAAAGUGUUGCCAUCCCUUGGCGCAAAGGCGAUGUUUUACUGCUGGAUAACUUGGCUGUGCUUCACUCCCGGAAAUCGUUCAGUCCACCUCGCAGAGUCCUAGCUUCACUGUGCAAGUAG